UAAAGCUUGGAAAAAUCCGAGAAUCAACAUGCUUUGAAGCUUUAGAAAAUAACUCAGUUAAUUUUUAAUUGUAUUUCAUUUCAGAUAUAUAGCGGUAGAUGCAGUAACCGAAAAUGUCCGAUAGUGGUAAAAAGCGUAUUAACAGUUUUCGUAAGAUAUUUCCUAGCUUAUUUUUUUCCAAUAAGUCUAAAGAAAAGCAAAUAAUAAAGGUAACCCACGUGGGAUGUAAAAAGUCUAGUCUUGAUAAUUCUUCUCACAGUAACCAAUAUGAGAAUCCUAGAAUAGUAAAAGAUAAAGUUAUAAAUACAAAUAAUGAUAUUGGCCGAAUUUACGAGAAUCUAGCCAUUGAAAAAUACCAUAUAGAUAUGAAUUCUUCAAGUAACAUUGCCUCAAGCGACCAUUCAUCCAGUAGCACCUUGGUAUCAGAAAGCGUGAAAAACCAGUUGUCCCAUAAUGAAGACAAAUCUGAUUUGUCCAAAGAAUACUAUAAAGCUAGACCUCAAGUUCCACCGAAACCCUAUAACGAACUAAAUAAUGUUUUAAUUACAUCUUCUCAUCAAGAUAAAAUCCGAUUCCCAGAUGUAUACUAUCAUUCAGUGGAAAAAUUAACAGAAUCUAUAACACCAUCACACGAAAUUGAAGUGUUCCAGGCCCAGUCGUUUGCUAAACCGGCCUCAGUGGGCGCAGAAAUUAAAAGAGUUAGCACAACAUUUUUAAUAUCUCCGAAAAAAGAAGCUGAAGUUCGAACAAUACAGCCUAAGAGAGCUAGAAGUUUUUCUUUUGAUAAUAAUAAUAAAAAGACAUCUACACUGGACCAAAAUAUUCAUAAUAAUUCAAAAAAGUGCGAAGAAAAUAUCACAAAAUCUUAUAAUUACUCUGCUCCAACUUCACCUGUACCCACCAGUCACAAAAUUCCUAAUAUGCCAAAAACUGUUUCACCAUAUGGACACGUGAAAAAAUAUAUGAAUGAAGCAGAAGAAAGACGAAACUCUCUUAAUCGUUCUAGUUCACGAAACCCACUGUAUUCAGUUUAUAAGCUGCCAGUGGACGGUAAAUCUGAAAAUAUACAACAGAAAGCAAAAGCACGACAAAAACUUGAAGCUUUUUAUUGGCAAAAGUUGAAGGAAUUAAAGCAAAAGGAAGAUGAGUUUUUACUCGAACAGUCUUUGAACUCUACGUUAAAGAGGGCGUCCCUAAAAUACCCACCACAUUCAAGUGGUAAUGGAAGUUUACCCCGAUCAUACAAAACUAACAGCUUACCACGUGACGGUGAACUAAGAGUCGACACUAAGGGCAAACCCUAUAUAUGUAACCCAUUCACAAGGGGAGUUCCGGAAAGAAGGACCGAUACAUUUUUACGCUAUCAAUCCACUCCUAAAGACGACGAUAUUGUGUAUAGGUACCCCGAAAAAAUUCAAUCGACUCAAAAUAGGAAUUGGUUAUCCCCACAAGACACAGUUGAUACACUGGGAUAUCCACGAAAGUCUUUAAACGAUGGUUCUCGUUCCUUCAGUUUGCAACCAAAGCGAGUAAGCUUUGAAGAACAGAUUUACGACACUUAUCCAAAAUAUAUUUGCUCCCAAAAUGAGGCUCCAGGCAUCGAAGCUAGAUCGAAAGAAAUGUUGACCAGACCGCCUCGCCCUCCCAUUCGGACGACGAGUGUUGGCACUAACAAGAUAGUGAAUAAUCACAGAAUAAAUCAUCCAGCCACUGCACAUUAUUCAUUGCACUCCGAAUCUGAAAGCGGGUCAGAAGCUAGUGAAAUACAAAGGAUUUUACAGAGCGACACCCAAAAAGAAGAUGAUUGGCGUGGAGAUGGAUCACGGAUGGAUGGCGGUCUGUCGGACGGCGAAGCGAGCCGCGGGCCGACCCGCGGGCGCUCCUCGCGCCGCGACGACCCGCGCCGUCACACGCUCGCCGGCAACCAUCUCUAUGUGCAUCCGCACCACCCUUCGCAGCUCAACUCUCACGAAAUGGAUCACUGGACGUCUGCUGGACAGGUCCCUCUUUACACGCCUGAAUACGCGACGGUCAACAAAAGUCGCGAAUACAGGCAGAGUCGAAUUGUUGACGCAAGGGCUCUGAAGCCACCGCUGCCUAGGGGUUACCCGCCGCCAAACAACGCUAUGCUGUUCGACGAUGACCCAGGCAUCAUGUCGGAAGUGGAGACGGCCUCCACCGGGUUUCGGCGCGGCGGCAAGCAGCGCUCCUCGCUACCUGUUGUGCGAACACCCAGCAAAACAUUGGAGCGUCCGCUGGGGUUGGUGUUUCUGCAAUAUCGAAGUGAGACUAAGCGGGCGUUGCUUCCUAACGAGAUUACUUCUAUCGACACCGUAAAAGCGCUCUUCGUGAGGAGCUUCCCCAAACAGCUCACCAUGCAGUACAUGGACAGCCCCCUGGUGAAGAUCUACAUUCAUGACUCUUCGAAGGACAUGUUUUACGAACUAGAAGAUGUGAGAGCUCACCUACGCGACAUUCGUGACCGCUCGGUGCUGCGGCUGUUCGAGGCGACCGACAUGGGCGGCGGCGUGUUCCCGGGCGCCGUCGGCGUGGGCUCGCUGGCCAUGCCGCCGGGCGCCGCCACCUGCUCCGGCCCCCCUAGUUGGGACCAGGACCAAAGUUACUUCAGCGAGCCUGAGAUAGACUCGGAGUACCACCACCAACACGUGCACAAGACUAAGGUGAAGGCUCCAGCGUACUACAUGGGGACGGCGGCGCCGAGUACGCUACCUCGUGGAGGCUCGCUGCUACGCGCCUUUUCGCCCGCCGCGCCGCCCGUGCCCGCCGACCGCGCCAAUACACUUCCCGGCACCGGACACGGCAGCGAGGGGUACAUGUCGUCGCCAGAACGGGGCUCGGCGCGGGCGCCCUAUGAGGAUCCUUACUACACGCAGUUUCUGGGCCCAGCGGCCGGCCGCACCAACAUUACUCCGGUCAUCGAUGAAGAAACCAGCGAGGGCGUGGUGAUCGAUGACGCGUACCAGAUGUAUGGCGUGAACGCCGUCGGCGGCGCGCCGCGGCCCAUGCCGCGUCCGCCUUACGACGCCAGGCUUAAUCCCCAAGUGGAAGAUAUACAACGCCUUCGAGUUGAGAAAAUGGAGAGGCAGCUAGCUAAUUUGACUGGCCUCGUUCAGAAAGCACUCCAGGUGCCAGGCGCCGCGCCCGCUCCGGUCGCGCCCGCCGCGCCCGCCGCCGCGCCGCGCCAACAGUUCCAGUCCUACCAGCCCCGGUCCAACGCUCAAGAUGCCGCACGAUUUCCCGGCAACGACCGACCUCCAAAAUUAGGGAGGGACAAAUUUCAAAAAUCAGUGUCAUUUGAGAAAUCGGUAUCCUUUAGCGAUGACCCGCCAGAUAUGAACUCACCCAUUCAACAUUCGCCCCAACAUUCAGCUGAUACAAAGCCAACAAAACCGGCAAUCAAGUCGUCGACAUUGCCAAGGACCUCGUCACAAGAGCGCGACCGUCUCAAGCCGGCGCCGCCGCCCAAGCCCGCCGGCCUGGUCGGCCAGCAGCUCGCGCUGGUGUCGCAGAAGAUAUACACCAUCAACGUCACGCCAGACUUUUUCAACGACAUGCGCGUCUUGCAGAAGCAGAGCCGUGAUUUGCGGAUUGAGACUCGAAAUUUACGACGUUCGACACUGUCGCACGCCAUACAGAUGAGGCAGCUGAUGGCCGACACCAUCGUGAAAAUAGGCGCCCUCGCCGCGAGCUUCUAUGAACGUGACCCGGAAUCGCAACUCACGCGUGAAGAGGAAAUCUACCGGCAAGAUAUGCUACUGUUGGAGAACGACUUGUAUGAACUGGAGGCUACUGUUGAACGUCUUCGCGGUCAAGCUGCUAACAGGGAGACCCGUGUCAACAUGGCCGACAUCGAACGCAUUGCCAUGGUGCUAUCUAAGAGCAGCAAAACCGUCGCCGACUGGAAACUCAAGUUUCCGAUUCUACAAGAUACGAUGAAAGUUAAAUUGGCUUCGGAGAUGGAAAAGGUCGUGCGCAAAGAAAAAAUGCUAGAAGAGGAACCAGAACGUCUCGAACUAGCUUUACGUCGAUGUAAAAAACUUACUGGAACUUUAGUGACUCUAAAAAGGCUGGCGUGCGUGCAGGAGCAGCGGCUGCCCGCGGCGGACGGCCGCGUGUCGCCGGGCUCCUCGCAGGGCUCCAGCUUCACCGCCGCACCCUCCUCCGAGGAGUUCGACACCACCACGCACAUUAUACAGCCCACCAAUAAGGGCACCGGCAGCGGGCGAGGUACUGCGUCCCGGGGAGCAGCGGAGCUGCGGCCAGAGAACGCCCUCGACGCGCUACUAGACGAGCUGCAGACGUUCGCCAAGCCCGCGGAGCGCAGCAGCAGGGGCGCUGCGCCCGGCGGCGAGGGCCCCUUGCGUCGGCUGCACUCAUACCCCAGCGGCAGCGACACAGACGCGUCGCCGCCGGUGCGCGCACGCGGCCAGCACCCGCCCAAGCCGCCCGUGCCCGAGCGCCACCCCGAGCUGCUCGCGCUUGCCGCGCGCCGGGCGCCUCCUCCUCCUCCACCGCGCACCACUUCUCGCUCGCCUUUAGCUUCGCCUACCUCUCCUUCGUCACCACCGAAUGCAGAUUCCUCACCUCCCGAUUCCAACCUUAGCGAGGAGAAGACAGCUUUACGGCAGUCUCUCCUCGAACAACGGCACCAGGAGCUACUAAAGAAACAAAAAGCGCUCCAAGAACAGUAUGCGCGACUACAGAUGAUUCAACGUAGCGGACCGUCGCUUCCACCAACAGCGCAGCCUGACUUGAAGAAAACCGGUAGUGAAUCGAACCUACUUACUAAAAUGAAUUUGAAUCUAACUGCAACAAACAUUUCCGGUAGCAUGACACACUUGGCGUGUGACGCUGAGCAUCAAAAGCCGACGCAGAACAUGCCCGCGCCAUCGGACUUAGAGAGGCCAUCUGCUUCUGACACUAUAGCCACAACCAAUAAAGUUUAUGAGACUGACAUUCUGUGACCUUGCAGCAGUUGUUUUAUAUCUGUAUAGUUUAUUAUCAACUUCGGGAUAGUACUUCCGGAAUAUACGAAGAA